AUGGAUUAGGAAAAGAAAAUCAUAAAUUAGGAUAUUAAGUAUGUUUAAUUGAAUAAUGGCUAUAAAAUGCCACUCUUAGGUUUAGGUACUUAACCUUACGAUAUAGUAACUAGGGUUACCGUUGAAGAAAUGACAACCCUCCUAUCAAAUGCUCUUGAUUUUGGUUACAGAAAUUUCGAUACCGCAAAAUAAUAUAGAAAUGAAGUAGAAAUAGGAUAAGCAUUUUAAAAUAUAUUUUAGCAAGGAAAAUAUAAAAGAGAAGAUGUAUUUAUAACUACUAAGCUAUUUCCUUUUAAAAUUGAAAAAAAAAUAAAAGAAGUUGUCUAAAAUUCUCUUGACUAGCUUUAAACUAGCUAUAUUGAUCUAUAUUUGAUCUAAUGGAGUUUUACUCCUGUUUUAACAAAUUUUGAUGGGUCUGUUGCAGUUAACCAUAGACCUAUUCAUGAAGUCUGGAGGGAAUUAGAAGAAUGUGUAGAAUUAGGAAUGAUUAGGAGUAUUGGAGUUGCAAAUUUUAAUUGUCAGAUGGUACUUGAUUUGCUAAGUUAUGCUAAAAUAAAACCAGUUGUAAAUUAGAUUGAGGUCACUCCAUAUCUUCCUUAAAUUGACCUAAUUAAUUUCUUAAAAAGAUGCAAGAUUGAGACUGUUGCUAUUUCACCUUUAGGCAGAGCAGGUUGUUUUGAAAAUACCCCCGAAGGAAUGAAAAUUAAAUUGUUAGAAGAAGAUAUUUUUAAAUAAAUUGCUUAGAAGCAUAAAAAAAGUGUAGUUCAAGUAAUAUUAAGAUGUCUAGUUUAAAGAGAAAUAAUGAUGAUACCAAAGACAGCAAAGUUAGAUAGGUUAAAGGAAAAUAGUGAAAUAUUUGAUUUCGAGUUAACAGAAGAAGAUAUGAAAUAAAUUUAUUCAUUAGAAAAUGGAACUAGAGCUAUUAAUUUAAAGCACUCAUAAUGGUUUGGGUAUGUACCUAUAUUUGAUUGA